AUGACGAGUUCGGUAACUACAAACCCAUCAACUUUAUUGCCAUUAGAAUUAAUCGACAAAUGUAUUGGCAGCAGAAUUCAUAUCAUUAUGAAGAAUGAUAAAGAAAUUGUUGGUACCUUGCAAGGAUUCGAUGACUUUGUUAAUAUGCUCCUGGAGGAUGUUACAGAAAGUGAAGCUACCCCGGAAGGUCGUAGAGUUACAAAGCUUGAUCAAAUUCUUCUUAAUGGAAGUAACAUUACAAUGCUGGUUCCUGGAGGAGAGAUGCCAGAAACAUGA